UAUGAUAAAAUUGGAAAGGAACUCAGUGAGCAUGAGGAAGUCGUUGCUAAACAAAAAGAAAUAACUGAGGCUUUGAAAAUAGCAAACAAAAAGCUUACUGAAGAUAUAAUGAAGAAAGAAACGGACAUACUCAAUAUGGAAAAGAAGGAUGAUACAAUAGCUGCUUUACAACAAGAUGUUAAAGAUAAAAAUCUGAAAUUAAUAGAAGCUAAAACUCAGUUAGAAGCUAAACAAAAAAUGAUACAUGAACUAGUUGGGAAUUGGAAAGCUGAAGAAGCACAGUGUGCAGUUUACAAAAAAGACUUUGACGAGGAACAUGAUGAUCGACUGAAAGUUCUAGGUCAGUGUGAAGAUUUGAAGCAGAAAUUAAUUGAAGAAAAAAUGAAAUAUCGUGAAUUGCAACAAAAGUAUGGUAUUAGUCGUACUAUUGAAAAGAAGCCAUCAAUUGAACAUCGUUUAAGUACAUCUAUGACUGAUGAAUAUGACAAAUCAAGAAGAGCAUCAAUGGAGCAAGUUUUGAAGGAGAGGGCAGGACUGGAAAAGAAAAAUAUAGAAUUAGAGCAAGCAAAGACAGAAAUGGAGGGAAGAAUAGAUACCCUUUAUGCACAAAUGACUCAGAGUCAAGAGAAACACAAAACUGAGGUCAGUGAGCUAAGUGAAAAGCUUAAUAAUGAAAUGAAGUCCAAUGAACAACUGGCUAAUGAGUUGCGUAGAAUGAGAAAACAACAUGAAAAGCAAAUUGAUGACAUGAGGAAUGCCAACAAAGUAUUGAUGGAAAAAGUUUUGGCAUUAGAGAGAAAAGGACAAGACGAUGAAUCACAUCAUUCUAAUCGUAUUUCUAUUGAUACGUCAUUAAUCAACAUGGAACCACAACUGACAGCAGAAGAAAUGACAGCACUCUUCAGAAACGGGCCUGCACAACAAACACACGUUGAACAAGAAAUGAUGGCAGAAAAUUGAUGUAGCAAUAGAUAGUCAGUCACUGUACUCACAUUCCUUAUUCCUAUUGAUCUACACAAUUUAGAAAAUAUGAAUUAUACCGUA